UCGGAAAUCGAAGAGAUGAGGGCAAGUAACGGAACGGACGUUUCUUUGAUAGAGAAAGAUGCGGAUAAUUAUGAUCCAACAGAAAUAACAAAAAGUAGUGGGUUGGUGAAACAAACAAAGUCACUGAUGGCAGACUUCCUCGUCAUGGAAGAAUAUUUUUUGAAGAAAGCUAUUGAAAAGGCCAUCAAAAUCGACAAGUAUGAGGAGGGGAACGUCGUAUCAAGCUGUGUUGGGGAUGUUUUCUAUAUCCUCAAGGAAUGCCUUAUUCGAGUGGUUUCAACAUCCGAUAUCGAAUGUUUAACGUCAGUUGUGAAUUUGGCUAGUCAAAGCUUGGGAACCGACUAUAUUGCAGUUUUCCAAAAAAGGCUUUUGACUGCGUUUGCCACUACCGAGCAGAAAGAUGCAAAAAUCGGAUAUAUGAUAUUGCUUAAUAAUUUGGAUGUAAGUAGCGAAUACAUGCAGCGACUUACGUCUGAGUUGUCAGCAUUGCCGUCAAUUAACGAGGAUGAUUCCGAAAAAGUUCAAAAGUGUUUUGAUUGGCUAAACAACAACACCACAAACAAGUUCAAACAAAUAUUGGCGAGUGGAAUCGAACAGCUUUUUGCUCAAAUGGUUAGGCCAAAAAUUCGACCGAUCUUACAAGAGGCAUAUAAGGAUAUCAAGUAUGUACUUAGCGAAGAUGAAUAUCACGAACAGGAGGCAAAUGACGGAUUUUCUAAACGAUUUGUACAUGGAUUUGAUUCUUUAAUUCAUGUCUACCAGGUUAAUGUUUAA